GUUCUUGCUUUGCGUUUAGUUUUAAGUCUGAGUAUUAACUGAGUGAUAAAGGCCGCCUGCUUGAGUGGAAGCUCUGAAACGUGCGCGAGCCCACAAUAUAAGGGGACGCACUUUUACUCCGAGCCUAUUCAUUUUCCAGCUGACGUGGGAGCGGGAGCGCAGGCUGAAUUGUUAGUUUGGUAUCUCUCUGUGUGCCGGGAAGGAGAAGAGGGAAGCGGCGCUGACCUGCUGGGAUUCUAAGCCAUCCCCGUUAUUAUCAUUAUUAUUAUUAUUUUUUUUUCAAUCAAGACCCCAGACUCCGGCUGGCUCCGCUGUGGACAGACUAUACUCAGAGCGAUGACUGUACUGAAUUAUCCACCGGCUCUCUGUAAUUUCUCCGGCGAAGACAGCCCCACCACUACCACCACCACCACCACCCGUCCUUAGAAUAAAGCUGCUGUGAAACAAGUCAGCACCGUCGCCGUUGUCUAACAGCUGGGAUUUAUACUUUACCAUGUCUUGAGACACGGAGGGGAAGCUACACAGAUGAUGGCAGAUUACCGGGAGGAUGGCAUGGACCUGGGGAGUGAUGCAUCCAGUCGCUCCAGCUCAGAGUCCAACUCCAACAAGGUUACACCUUGCUCCCCUUCUCUUGACCUGGCCACUUUGGAGGACUACAAAUCCUCCCCCUCUCUGGACCUGGUCACCUUAGAGGACUAUGAGGAGGACGAGGACUACCAAGAGUAUAAGAAGAAGGUGAUAGAGGAGUGGGAGAGUGAGUAUGGAGAGGACUACACCUCUCCACAGCCUCCUGGUCAGGAGGAAGGCGGAGGAGGCAUUGUGGGAGUUGACGGCCUUAGCAAAGGCUACAGGAAGACAGUGAACAGUCGCAGCCUCGCCGAAGAAUUCCAGGAUGUGAAGACCGUCCCGCCCCUCCCGGCCCCCGGCGGUCACACUGCCACCUCAGUCGCAGCCGUCCCCGAGGAACUGAAACAGAAUGGCAAUCUGAUUUUGCCCAGGAGCAACCAGCUCCACUCCCCCGGUACACCACAGGGGGGCACAGGGACUCCCAAGCCCAGCCACCGCAGCUCCAGUCAAGGCAGAGGGAGCCGCAGCAGUGGCGGGGGUGGUGGUGGAGGAGGUGGAGGAGAAAGCAGUGGAGGGACUGGUGUACGGAUGGGAGGAUACAAAGAGGAGGAGGGUGUAGAGGAAGAACCUCUGCCAACCAUGGACUGGGCAGCCCUGGAGAGGCACCUGGCUGGGCUGCAGUGCAGAGAGCAGGAGAAUCAGAACCUCAACCACAACCAGAACCACAACAUGGGCAAGACCAACUACACCUCAGCCCAAAAGAAUGAGAGGGAGUCAAUCAGGCAGAAAUUGGCCCUGGGCAGUUUCUUUGAUGAUGGUCCAGGCAUCUACACCAGUUGCAGCAAGAGUGGCAAACCCAGCCUGUCCUCACGGCUGCAGAGCGGGAUGAACCUACAAAUUUGUUUUGUCAAUGACAGCGGCAGCGACAAGGACAGUGAUGCAGAUGACAGCAAGACAGAGACCAGUCUGGACACACCUCUGUCCCCCAUGUCCAAGCAGAGUUCGUCUUACUCGGACAGGGACACCACAGAGGACGACUCGGAGUCUCUGGAGGACAUGGACUUCCUGAGUCGGCAGAAGAAGCUGCAGGCGGAGGCGAAGCUUGCCCUGGCGAUGGCCAAGCCCAUGGCCAAGAUGCAGGUGGAAGUGGAGAAACAGAAUCGUAAAAAAUCACCAGUGGCCGACCUGCUUCCACACAUGCCUCACAUCAGCGAGUGUCUAAUGAAAAGAAGCCUGAAGCCCACCGACUUGAGAGACAUGACGCUGGGUCAGCUCCAGGUUAUAGUCAAUGACCUGCACUCCCAGAUUGAGAGUCUGAAUGAGGAACUUGUACAGUUGCUGCUGAUCCGAGAUGAGCUACACAUGGAGCAAGAUGCCAUGCUGGUUGACAUAGAGGACCUCACCAGGCAUGCUGAGAGCCAGCAGAAACAUUUGGCUGAGAGGACCCUAUCCAAAUAAAAUGCCCGUCUCCUGCUCCACCCUGCUCCCCUCUGCCAAGCUUAGCCCCUGUUCCAAACCAGACUUUUCCCCUCUGGCCAUUCCACCUCUGCCCCGAGUUGAUCCAAAUCCCGCCCGCUUGUCCCAAGUAUUUUUCUCCUCGCUGCUCCCUUGUCUCUCCCUUGUCUACCUUCCUGUCCAACCCACUGACUCCAGUAGCAGCAGCAGCACAGAAGAAGGCCACUCUCUGUCAUUUGCUUCUGUGGUUUUCUCCCAGCGCUAAGGACGGAGGAGCACUUCCUGCUUCGUGGGAGAAGAGGAUUGUGUGUUGUCAUGGAUUCUGUCCCCAGCUUCCUGUGCAGUGAUCGGCCUUGCUUCGCUAUUGUUUCUUUUUAACUUUCUACAUUCGCCACUAAAUUAUAACUGUUCAAAUGCAAAAAUUGUGGGAAAAAAUAAAAUAAUAGUGAAAACUUUAGUAGAAAGUCAUUCAUGAGAAAAAAAAGAAACAACAUUGUAUAAAAAAUGAUGGAAAACUAACUUCUUCAGACCAUUUUAAGUUGGACAGUAAUUUUAAAGUAUUUCAAAGUCGACCUGUUUUUAUUCUGCACAAAUGGUAGUUUUCAACUGAGAAAUGUUUAUUUGAAGGUGCUAAAAGAGUGUAAAGGAAACAUGCCUGCCUUGUAGUGGAGUCGUAGCUUUUGGUAAUACGUUCACUCUAAUUGCUCUUCAACAUUUUGUGAAUGUUGAUUUUCUGACACGAGUCAUUUUAAAUGAAUAAGUGUGUUAAUAUCGUUUUCAUCCUAUUGUAUUCAGAAACUUUAUUUGAGGAAAGAAAUGUUUAUGUACAGAUAUGUAAAAUAA